CACGUAGCAGCCUCAACCAAGUUGGCAGGGCUCUGUGUAGAUUGGUCAAACAACAGAGGUACGUGUAAUUGCAUUGCUUUAUAGCUUAAGAAUGAUGGAUAUGAACAAAUAGUUGAACUGAUUGUUUAAGGCUCCGCUUGACAUUAUGCACCAGAUCUGCAUACUUGGUCUCCGAAACUGUUGUGGCUAACACUAGCUUACCAACUAGCAGCAGAGUUAACGGUGAGAGAUGUCGGGGUUUGACAAUUUCAACACAGACUUUUAUCAGUCCAGCUACAGUGUAGAUGACCAAAACCAGGCAGCCCAUGGCUAUAACAAUGCUGAAGACCCAUACAAGCCAUACGCUGGUCAGUACGACUACUCCCAGCCCAUGGGCUACGCUCCCCCAGGGGUGAUGCAACCCCAGCAGCCUUAUACAGGACAAAUCUUCCAGCCCACACAGACCUACACUCCAUCCCCGUCACAAUCCAUGUAUAGUAGCAGCUUCGAUGAUGAGCCGCCACUGCUAGAAGAAUUAGGGAUCAACUUUGACCAUAUCUGGCAGAAGACUCUGACGGUCCUCCAUCCAAUGAAGGUAGCAGAUGGCAGCAUCAUGAACGAGACAGACCUGGCUGGCCCGAUGGUCUUCUGUUUGGCUUUCGGAGCUACUCUUCUUCUGACGGGUAAGAUCCAGUUUGGCUACGUGUAUGGUAUCAGUGCAAUCGGCUGCCUCGCCAUGUACUGCCUACUGAACCUCAUGAGUAUGACGGGCGUCUCCUUCGGGUGUGUGGCCAGCGUGCUGGGUUACUGCCUCCUCCCCAUGAUCCUCCUCUCCACCUUUGGAGUCCUCCUCUCUUUACAGGGCAUGCUGGGAAUUAUACUAACGGCAGCAAUCAUCGGCUGGUGCAGUCUCUCAGCUUCAAAGAUCUUCAUCUCGGCGUUGGCCAUGGAUGGGCAGCAGCUGCUGGUUGCUUACCCGUGUGCUCUCCUAUACGGGGUCUUUGCACUCAUUUCCGUGUUCUAAAAAAAUCCAUAAAAUAACUGCUCCACACUUUCUGUAAUUUCAGUCUAAUUAGCGCCAGCGUAAUUAGUGUAAUUAUUGGCCAAUUACACUGUCAUUGUAGAAAAGUGGGCGCCCCUUUCUAAAAACGGCACCAAGGUUUUUUUCCUUUAAUAAGCCUCCACCUCUCACUACAUUCCGACUUGACCAUACGCGGGCUGUCCACUUUGUUCCAUCACACGUCUUAAAGAAGAGGACUGUGAAAUAAACCUGGUGAAGAAUUGAAAAAUAACUCUCCGAUGGACCUUGGUAAGCCUUGAGUGGCUGCACAGUCCUAUGAUUCUAAGGACAUGAAUGGGAAGAAAGUGAGCAAUUACUUCACACAAUACAAACCCGAAGAGGACAUUUCAUUUCGACAAACGGGACAAUUUUCACAAAUUUUCUAGAACUGAUAACUCUCCUGAAGAAAAACGAUUUCUGUAAAAGCCGUUGUGAGCUGUUUCUGUAAAACCCCUUUUAGAUUCUAAACCUGCAAGACAACGGGAACCAAAUUUUCCUUCUGCAUAAGGCUUCAGUAGCUCACUCUGCUUCUUCUGGAGGAAACGGGGGAUAUCUUCCUCUGUAUCUUCUUUCCUCCAUGAUCGAGGAUUCCAUGUCAUCAUUCACUCAUCACAGCAUUGGUCUGAUCAUUGAUGUUAAAACAGCAGAUUUAUUGGUUUAUUAUAUUCUCUUGAGAUUCAUUCUAGUUCUGAUGCUUUUCAACAAGACAGCUGUUUCAACAAAAGCAUUCAUUUCCAAGCAAACUGAUUUGAUUUAGAUAUUCAGACAAAUACAAUUCUGAGAUACUGCACAUUUCUAGGACCAGACAUCUAUAAUUUUUUUAGUCACUUCACUUUGUAUGCUUUGAUGUGUCAGCUGUUGUUCAUGUCUUGCACAUUAAAGUUGUCUUUGAAAGUUA